AUGCCUCCUCGGAAAAAGGCAAAGGCCAGCGCAGCCUCGACCCCGCUGGGUGACACCCAGCCAAAGACGCCCCAGGACUCGGGCGCUGCGCAGGCGCAAGAUGAGAUUCUCAGCGACCCAUGGGCCGACGAGCAGGAGACGCAGCUCCUCAAGAGCAUGAUGAAGUGGAAGCCCACCGGCCUGCACAAGCAUUUCCGUAUGAUUAGUAUUCACACCGAUAUGCGCUCGCAUGGCUUCGCGGGAGAGGAUGCACCCCACACGCGCAUCCCCGGCAUCUGGAAGAAGUUGUCGCAGUGGUACGACCUGGAUGCCCUCGACACACGCGAGAACGAAUUUGCCUUUUCCGACGAGCCAGACCCGCUAGACCCCGACGACGCUGCCAACCUGCCCGAAUUCGAACUACCCGAAGAGGAAUUUGGUGAGAUGAUGUGGCGGAAGCGCUUCCAUAGCCCAGAUUCGGUCGUAGCUUCAUCGCCGCCCAUGGUUCCGACAGACGAGUACAAGGACAUUUAUGCGCCAGGAAUCGGCCUGCUCAAAGACCUGCCCGAUGGCGUGCGCUCACAAAAGGCGGAGAGCGUGACGGAAGCAACGUCCACACCAAAGAAUACCAAAGGCACACGACCGGCCAGGGCUGCAAAGAGCGUAAAGAGCUCCAGGUCUGCAGCUAACUCGGCAAGGAACGCCAAACCGAGGAGCACCGUCUCCGAGUCUGCUGAGGAAGAAGACGAGGAUGAGGACGAAGAAGAAUCCAGCGUCGAGUCCGAAGAAGAUAGCGCGCCGACCACGCGGAGAACCAAUCGCGCGAAGCCCAAGCCGGCGCCAAAGCGAACGAGGAAGAGGUAG